CCCAAUAUUUUCUCUAUUCAACAGUUUGUAUCCAUCGCGACUUCUACAACAUGAGCGUUGGAUUUUUUUUUUCAUUUCGCUGAGCAUCCCCUGGGAGCAUCGGGGAGAGGAGGAGGCCCAGUGAAAAAUGCUUCCCCAACCCACGCGUUCGUACGUCUCUCUACGAAAGCGUGCCACGGGCGUGCGCCCCUGUUUGGAUGAAAGGAUAGCUUUCCAAUCCGUUGUAUGAGCAGGAAAACGAGUGGAGGCCGUUCCCGGAUCGACAGUUUUAACCAGCGGGUAUGUACUCCCCAUUGAGAGGGAAGCGGUUCCCCCCUGCGUGAAGUGCAAACGGAAGGGGAGACACCCUAGUAGACCUGAUAGGUGGGGAUGUUCCAACGUAUGCCCUCCAUUAGGACCAUUUGUGUUACCCCUCCUGCUGCCUACCCUCCACCGCUUUUCCCCGCCGCUUUCCCUCCGCCGCCUUCCCCCGUGUGCCAUGUUCAAACUUCCUGGGCAAGAUAACGCUUAGAGGAAGUCCCCUAAAAUGAUCGCCUCAUUAUGUUUAAAAAAUCUGAAGAAUGAGAGGAAGUUAAUUCGUCACCUGGUGAGGGGGGACUGCGGAGGCAAUGCAGGUUUAGCUCGAAUGUGUUGUAAAAAGAAGAAAGGGGCCCCCAAUGUAGCCAACCUGAGCAAACUCACCGAAAUGAAGGGUCAUAAAAAGGACCUUCCUCUUCGUCCAAGUAGCCACUUACCUUGUGCAGGUUUGUUUUGCCCCCCCAAGUGGAACGGAAAUGUGGUGAAGGAUCUCCCGUUUCAGAUAACCAGGGGGAGGGUGUCCCCCCUUCUGGGAUAUCAAAAGGGGUAUAAGGAAGGGGACAACUUUGGCAAGCAGAGGGCAGAGAAGAAGACGGAGAAGUGUGCAAGCGUAGGUAGUACCAUCACGAGGGUGACUCCACUUCAGAGGAGUUAUUUUUCCACCCAGGGGGGCAACCUGUACAGAGGUGGCAGUAGAGGAUGCUGCAGGAGGAGGUUCUUUGGCACCUCCGUAGAAGGGACUUCUGGCGGGUAUGCCAAAGGGGAUAAUUCAAAGGUGAACAGAAUGGAAGGGGAAGCACUGGGGGCCGCUAAAGGUGACACCCCAAAUGGGGGAACCCCUGAAAGUGGGAGCCCCCCCGCAGUGACGCUCACUGGAAACACAUCCAAUGAUGCUAGCGAUAGUGGCGGCGCCCCCCCAAACGGUAAUAAGGAUAAACAAUCGCUGAGGCAAAUGUACCUGCACAAAAAACAGAGGGAAAAAAUGAUCAAAAUGUACCUCCUGCUGAGUCUGCUGCUGAUGCCGUUUGGACAGCUAUACAUGUACUGCAUCGAGAAUGACCUGAGCAUGGAGGAGUUAUUAAAAAUUUUAAAAAACAAAACGGAAAUGCUAGAAAAUAAAUACAACGAUAUAUUGCACGAGCUGAUUGAUAAGUAUUUCCCACUGAGCAAUGAGCCGUUGCUACCAGAUUUCAAAGAUUUAAAUUACCCAGAAAAUCUACCAACCUUAGUGAUCGACCUUAAUUAUGUAAUAGCCAAGUUAGAAUAUGAUAGGAAAACUGGAUGGAGAGUUUUGAAGAGACCCUAUGCUGAUUUGUUCUUCAAAGAGUUAUCUAGUUUUUAUGAAAUUGUCAUUUGGUCGGAUGAUAACUUCCCAGUGGCACAGGAAGUCAUUUCCAAGUGGGGCAUACCUGCCAUUGGGUGCUUACAUAGGGAUCAGUGCUCCAAGAGGAAACGAUAUUACGUAAAAGAUUUGAAGAGACUGGGUAGGAAUCUUGACCGAGUUGUUAUCAUCGACCAUGACGCCCAUGCCUUUAUGCUUCAGCCGGAGAAUGGCAUCCUCAUAAAGGAAUUUCAUGGCGAUGUAAACGAUAGGGAAAUUCUAUGCCUGAUCGAUUUGCUCAAGUCGUUCGCCAUCAGCAGCUACGACAUUUCGCAGUUUCUGCGCAAGUACGGGGGGGGCGACUACAACAUUGGGAAGCGGUACAUGCAGCUCAAGAGCGACACGGAGCAGAAGUCCCAGCGGAUAAGGAGCCUGGGCAAGAUUUUCCACCUCGACGGGAAGAAGGCGCCCAACGGGAUGUCCUUCAACUCGUGAGGGGGGGUAGCCAUGUUGCGGCUGACCGCAGGGCAGAACUUCCCAACCUGUUAAGAAAGCCAAACGGUUGAUGUGCAUUUGUUCGACCCGCUCGUGGCCUCCUACGGCUUGCCCAUUUGAGGCGCCUACAUGCGGUUCGCGGGGGGUGGGCGCAAUUCUCGCCCGCGUGCCCACUUCCCAUUUGCCUUUCAAAUUCAAAUUAAAACUUUAAUUUUCCUCCCACGGAGGU